AUGGCACCUCGACGCGUGCAGCGUGCUGGCUCCCAAGCCACCCAAAACACCAAGAAUUCUGUUAACCCCGUCUCAGAGAAUACCGCAUCUAUCCAAGCACAACCUAAUGCUUCGAUAAAUCCGGGCCCAGCUAAAGAAACAGUUAAAGGAAACAGCUGUGUUGCAAGCUAUGCGGCACCGGACAACAACCCCAGGUAA